AUGGACAGCUUCUUCUUUGUUCCUCCACCUUCUUCAAAUCAUGGAGAACAGACUAAUGGACAGCAGCAACGACUUCCGCCGAUGGGAAUAUCAGCUGCAUCAAGUAGUCCAAUGCUGCCAUCAAUUGACCCUUCUUUGCCAUUACAACAGCCACGUCCACAACAACAACCAAUGCCAAACGCCAAUAUCACGAAUAUAGGACGAACCAACUAUUAUAGUAAUAAUAGCAAUACAGCAUCAGCAGGUUCACCACUGCCAUCCAUGAACUCGAAUCUAGGCAUGUCUGGAUCUACGGGAUUUCCUCUCGGAAUGCAUCCUUCUUCGCAUAUAGCUGGAACGCAUACAACGAUACCACCUCACUUAAUGCAAUAUCCCUCGUAUUCAACAUCGCCGCAGCUUCCAACUUCAUAUAUACCGACCGAUCUCAAUGGUGCCCAACCCGCAAUGAAAAGGCAGAGACUCGACGACAGUAGCAGUAGCAGGCAACAACUAUUGGUAUCACCGUUUGCUCUUCCUCCUUCUUCAUCUGGUGCCCAUGCAGCACAAAUGGGUUAUUCAUAUCAGAAUCCGAUAAGAGUAGGAGGAGGAUCGCCGCUUCUGCCUCCACAUUAUAUAAAUUCUCCACCGCAGCAACAACAACAGCCGCAGCAGCAAAGACCACUUGUAGCAGCAUCAGUAGUUCGGCCUGCAAUGACGCCGCGUCAGAAUCUAGUACUUAAUCAAGUAUCUGUCGUAGCUUCAAGCUUGAACAUGAGUCCUCAACAGUUAGUUGCUGCUGCUCAGCAGGGUCGAUUACCACCAGAAGUAAUGACGUGGCUGCAUCAACUCACUGGUGCACAACCAUCGACUCUAGUGAAUGGUGCUUCGAAUGGAGUAGCCGGAUAUGCACCGCAGAAUAAGCUGCAGCAGCAACAGCACCAACAGCAGCAGCAGCAACAGCAGCAGCAACAACAGCAGAAUCGUGCCUAUCCUACUCCAGUGUCUAGUGGACAACAGCAGCAGGCUCGACGUACAACUCAGAUUUCGCCUCAAACAGGUCAUACAUCUAUGCCACAACCACAAUCACAGCAACAAAAAGCUCCAUCGAACCUUCUCCCACCUCAUUUGUUAACACAGCAGCCAACAGCGGCAGCCCCACCAAAUACAAUACAAUUGCAACUACGACAAGGAAAGCAUAGACCAGUACCAAGACCAGAAUGGGAUGCUAAAUGGCUCGCAUCUCUGAAAAUGCGAAAUAUACAGAUACCACCAUCGAACAUGGGAGUAGAUUUCUACCUGCUAUUCUGGAAUGUAGUCGCGGAAGGUGGUUAUGAUGAGGUCUGUAAACGUCAAUUAUGGAAUGUCCCAAAUCGUUUUAUACCAGGCCGUGGUCCAUCGAAUCUUGGACAAUUAUAUGGAGCGUAUUUAAUACAUUUGGAAGAUGUCAUGUUUCCUGGUAUGUCGCCCAAGAAACCUGGACUUGUAACUCAAUCAACGCCACUAAUGAAUCAGACACAGUAUCCGGCUGUACAAACGAACUCGUCGCCUGUAUCGUCACGACAGCAGGAGCAACCAGCUCAAUCUAGACAACUAUCAUCUGCUUCUCCCAUUAUGUCUAUCAACUCACCGAUGCGAUACGAAUCAUCCAAUGUAAACAACUCUGUAAAAAAUGAACCUAUUGUCAUUUCGUCUCCUGCUAAGGUCGCCGAGGAGGAAUCCGUCCCAGCAGAACCACUACCUACUCCAUACCCUCUGAAGAAUAUGGUAUAUACGCCAGUUGCUCGUAAUGUAGAUACUCAUGGUGGAGUGGAUAUUAGAACCCUUGUAAAGGAAUGGAAGCCUGCUCGCCGCAUAGUCAAGGAAUCGCUAGGCACUGUAAAUAUACAUAUAAUUAUCAUGAAAUUACGAUCUGCUCUACCCACUCAACUCACAGAAGCUCUAAAUACGCUAACUAUUAUUACUGCCGACCCUGACGAGCCAUUACGCCUCAGGCACUGCCCCGAUCUCUUGACCGUAAUAAUUGAGACAUUUUUGGGUUGUUUAGGGUCAUCAGGCUUAUACCCAACUGUAAAUCAGAAAAAACAUUCCACAUAUUCAGAGUUACAUGACUCUGAAGUACAAGUAGAUAAUACCUUUUUUCCUAAUGCCAAGGUAGCUAGAGAUCUAGGAGCUGAAUCCGAUGAACGGGCUGUAGCAUGUGGUGUCAUCUUGCGCAACUUAUCGUUUGCUCAGGAUAAUCGAGACACGAUGGCACGAACUCCUUUCCUAUGGACGGCUAUUGAUGUCAUGUUGCAAGCUGGUGAAAGUAGUUAUAGCAGUAGUAGUGAUAUAAGUGGUAGCAGUAAGAGUGUAGGAACGACGGAAGGUGCAAGUGCACAUACAUCAUUAUUUAAUGACGUAGAAGACAAUGAGGGGCUAACAUGGAGGGGUCGAGCACUCGAACAUAGAAAGAAUGCCGUAAUGAUGCUAUCUAAUAUCACUGUAUCAGACAAUGGAAUAAUCUCUAUAGCUCUGAAGAGGUCGCCAGCUACUCAACGUAUAUUUGAUACUCUUGCCGAUUUUAUGACGGUCUCCUACUCGGAAUAUAGAUACGUGGCAGCUCAUGCUCUGUCGCACUUGUGUCUCAGUGCACUAAAUCGACCAACAAUCAUGGGCCUGGAAGCUGGAACCGUCACACGACUUGUAAACGGUAUAUUAGCUCUACUGCCAAUUGGGUUUAUGAAAUGGGAGGAACUGCCGAAUCAAACAGAUUACCUUGGUUGGAGUGCUGCUAUGAUAUCUAUGUCAAGUUUGUCGGAUUUGGGAGGCCAUAUAGUCGAAGAGAUGGUACGAGUCCCCAAUAUAACGUCCUUGAUGAAUUUGGUCAUGUCGCAGGUAUGGAACCAGACCUACUUUUAUCAGGAUAAAGUACGGGCCUUGGAUGUAAUGAGUGCUCUGGCAUCGUCUGGUCUGGCUGGCCGAUCCCUAGUUGCCAAGUUUGAACCAAACUUGAUCAAGCUCGCGACCCAGCACUCUCGAGUCGCUGAGGUGGCGGCUGUUGCAGGAGCAGCGAACAAGGGAUCUGAACAAGGAUUUUGCUCCUUCUUCAAGUCGUUGCCUCAAAAACCUGAAACUACAAUUCGAAUCUUUGAACGUAAUGGUGGUGAAUGGUACAGUGUUCACGGUGACGACGCGCUCUACGUGGCCCAAAACGUGUACAAGACAUCAACUGUAAUCAAACAGCUCGGCGGUGAAGGCAGUCGAGCUGUUCCAAGCUGCACCUUGAGCAAACUCAACACUGUCAUGUUCUUGCGUGAUCUCUUGCUCGUGAAACUAUAUCGGGUAGAGAUUUGGGAGCCUGAAGGGAGAAAUAAUUGGAAGAUUAGUAAGAGGGCAUCUCCAGGAAAUUUACAAGGCGUUGAGGAUUUGAUAUUCAGAGACAAUGACGUGUCUGCUUCGCCAGUUGUGCUGGCAGUUAAACUUGGAAGCAAGAACGAUCAGAUCUACGUUGGAGCCGCAUUCGCCGAUACCACAACACAACGAAAACUCGGCGUCUCAGAGUUUGUCGAUAACGAUACCUUGACCAACUUUGAAUCACUCUUGAUUCAGUUAAGCGUCAAAGAGUGUGUUGUAUCUGACGAGACUGGCAAUUACGAAUUGGCUAAACUCAAGUCUAUAUUGGAACGAUGUGAUGUGGUGAUUACUGAACGUAAAAAGAAUGAUUUCAAUGUCAAGGACAUUGAACAAGACUUGAAUCGAUUGUUGGGUGAAGGAGUGUCGGUUGCUACUUUACCUGAAUAUGAUAUGAAGUUGGCUAUGAGCUGUACAGCAUCACUCAUCAAGUAUCUUGGCCUCAUGAGUGACGAUACCUUCCACGGGCAAUACGUGAUGGAAACUCAUGAUCUAUCACAUUACAUGCGACUGGAUGCUGCUGCAGUCAAAGCUCUAAAUAUGACUCCUGGACCUCAUGAUGGCACUCGAAAGAACAUGUCCUUGUAUGGACUGCUCAACAAGUGCAAGACUAGUCAAGGAUCUCGAAUGCUGAUGCAGUGGUUGAAACAGCCCUUGAUGAGUCUGCCUGAUAUCAUCACUCGACAAAAUAUUGUGGAAGUGUUUUAUACGGACACUGAAUUACGACAAUCGAUGCAGGAGGAACACUUAAAAAACUUUCCUGAUUUACAUCGACUAUGCAAAAAAUUGCAACGUGCCAAGAGUAAUUCAGGCUUGCAAGAUAUCGUUCGCGUCUAUCAGGUUGUGAUUCGUUUGCCUGCUAUGAAGGAAUCUCUUGAAUUGUAUGACGGCACAUACCGUCAUUUGUUCAAGGAGGUGUAUCUUGAGAAGCUAGAGAACUUUAUUGCAAGCCUGACACCGUUGACUGAACUCGUUGAAACCACAAUUGAUUUGAAGGCCAUUGAGAUGCACGAGUUUCGAGUCAAAGCUGAUUAUGAUUCAGAGCUGCAAGAAACCAAGGAAAAGAUGGACGAGGUUCGAGACCAAUUACAACCGGAAGCUGCAAGAGUAGCUGAUGAUCUUGGAAUGGAAUUGGAAAAGAAACUCAAGUUUGAAAAGAACGCUAUAUAUGGUUAUCAUUUACGAUUGACUCGAACGGAUCAAAGCAAAAUUAGAGGAAAGAAGGAAUAUAUAGAACUCACCACUCAAAAGGCUGGCGUCUUGUUCACGACCUCCAGGCUGAGAAAGCUCAGUGAUGAAUUUCACGAACUGCAAGACAAAUAUGAUACACUGCAGAGUAAUUUUGUCAAGGAAGUGGUUGGCGUCGUUGCAACUUAUUGUGGCGUCUUGGAGCAAUUGAACCAAAUGAUUGCACACCUAGAUGUUCUCGUCAGCUUCGCCCAUGUAUCCAUCCAUGCACCCACUCCAUUCGUACGGCCAGCACUCCAACCAAGAGGAGAAGGGGAUGUCAUAUUGACGAAGUCACGUCAUCCAUGUCUUGAAAUGCAAGACGACGUUUCAUUCAUAGCCAAUGAUGUCUUGUUGAAGCGAGGCGAGAGUGAAUUCCAAAUCAUCACUGGGCCCAACAUGGGAGGUAAAAGUACCUACAUUCGCCAAAUCGGUGUAGUUGCUUUACUUGCUCAAUGCGGAUGCUUUGUGCCCUGUGAAGAUGCAGAGCUCUCUAUCUUUGACUCAAUAUUGGCUCGUGUUGGCGCUGGUGACAGUCAAAUGAAGGGUGUUUCAACAUUUAUGGCAGAAAUGUUGGAAACCGCUUCUAUCUUGAGGUCUGCGACAUCAGAUUCGUUAAUCAUUAUUGAUGAAUUGGGACGUGGUACUUCUACAUACGACGGGUUUGGAUUAGCUUGGGCUAUCUCUGAACAUAUCGCUACGAAAAUCAAAGCCUUCACCAUGUUUGCCACUCACUUCCAUGAAUUGACGGCCUUGUCUGACCAAGUCUCGACCGUCUCAAAUCUUCACGUCGAAGCUAUGGCUGAUGACAAGAGCAUCACUCUGAUGUAUAAAGUCAAGCCAGGAAUUUGCGAUCAAAGCUUUGGUAUUCAUGUGGCUGAACUAGCUGCUUUUCCUGAAAAAGUCAUCAAUUUGGCAAAGAGGAAGGCUGCUGAAUUGGAAGACUUUACGUCAUCCAAUGAUACUGAAGAGAGAUCGAGCAAGUAUUCCAAACAAGAACUUGAAGAUGGCAACAAGACUAUUGAGAAUUUCUUGAAGGAAUUAGCUGAGAAAUCUAGGGACCAAGAUGAUGCAGAUGCAACCAUGAAUACUGUGAACGAGUUGCGAGAAAAGUACAAGCAAGAAAUUGAUAGCAACACCUACCUGAGAGACAUGGUUGUCGAAUUGUAG